ACGCUUCACGACACUCUCUCAUCACCCAACCUACAGACGCAGGAUACCCAUUUCUUUGCGCUCCCCUCCCAGCCGUCAAAAUGUCCACAACCAAGCGCAACGCCGCCGCCAAGAAGGGCCAAAAGGUCACCAAGAAGUUCAUCAUCAACUGCUCGCAGCCCGUCAACGACAAGAUCUUCGACAUCCAGGCUUUCGAGAAGUUCCUCCACGACCGCAUCAAGGUCGAGGGCCGCACUGGUAACCUUGGCGACACUAUCCAGAUCAGCCAGCAGGGCGAUGGCAAGAUCGAGGUCAUUGCGCACCAGGAGUUCUCCGGCCGCUACUUGAAGUACCUUACCAAGAAGUUCCUCAAGAAGCAGCAGCUCCGUGACUGGCUCCGCGUCGUUUCCACCUCCAAGGGUGUUUACGAGCUCCGCUUCUUCAACGUUGUCAACGACGAGGCGGAUGAGGAUGACGAGUAGAUCUAUAAUACCACUUAGCGAUACCAACAUGGCUUGCAUGAUAUGGAGUCACGGGUUCGAAAAAUAAGGAUGGGCUGAGGUCUACAUGGCAUAUAGCACGAUCUAAUGAAUUGAUGCAUUUGCCAAAACGAGUUUUCCGAUGUGAAAAAGACUAUGUUGAUCGAUUUGGAGAACUGGUGGGGCGUGCGCGUAGGUACAAGCGUUCAGACUACCGCAGGUUUUCCGACAGCAGAAUGCGACAGGGUUAUGUU